CCCAUUCGGGAAUAAUAUUUAAUUAAAUUGUUGCCUUUGGAUGUGAUGCGAUGCCAUAUUAAUAGUAUACGACUGAAAACAACAACUAAAAGCUGCAAAUCGCUUGAAUCAUAACAGGAACAACAACACACACGCGCGCGCAUAUCGUCUAUUUAAUUAUGUGUGCAGGCAAAAGCCACUGAAGUGCAAAAAUGCGUAAAGCAACAAAAACAAAUGCUUAAAUAAAAACAAAAUGUACACUCGAAUACGUGCAAGAGAAUGAAGUGGAAGUCCUGCACGUAAAAACACACACCAAAGGAAAAUGUGAAAAAAUCAAUUAAAAUGUAAAAGCCAAACCAAAGAGGGGACAAGCUAUAGGCCAAGACGCAACGCAACCAAAGACCAAAGAAAAUUUAUGUCGCGCUCAAAUCUAGGCAUACUCGCAUAUUCCUAGUCCCAACUCACACCGAUCCUCGUGCACACUGCAACACACACUACUAAAGCCAAAUGACUGCCAACGGCUUGCUGGGACGCACAACACUAAUCGAAGGACGUUCCAAUAAACGCUCAUUCGUGUCUCUGAUUGUUGGUCUUGUUGUCGGAUUUUGCUUGGCCGAGCUCUUCGUCUAUUCGUCCACGCCGGAACGUAGCGAGUUUUUGCCAUAUGAUGGCCAUCGGCAUGGCGACGUGAACGAUGCCCAUCACAGUCACGAUCUGAUGGAGCUGGCCGGACCUGAACAGGAUGUGGGCACGCACGAACAUGUCCACGAGAACUCCAGCAUUGCAGAGCGGCUGUACAAUGAGGUUAAGGUGCUAUGCUGGAUCAUGACCAAUCCGCAAAAUCAUCAGAAGAAGGCGCGUCACGUGAAGAGGACAUGGGGAAAGCGUUGUAAUAAGCUCAUUUUUAUGAGCUCCGCCGCCGAUGCGGAACUUGAUGCUGUAGCCCUGCCCAUUGGCGAGGGACGCAACAAUUUGUGGGGGAAGACGAAGGAGGCCUACAAGUAUAUUUAUCAGCAUCACAUCAACGAUGCAGACUGGUUUCUAAAGGCUGACGAUGACACUUACACAGUUGUGGAGAAUCUACGCUACAUGCUCUAUCCCUAUUCCCCCGAUACGCCCGUAUAUUUUGGAUGCAAAUUCAAGCCAUUCGUGAAGCAGGGAUAUAUGUCCGGAGGGGCUGGCUAUGUACUCAGUCGUGAGGCUGUACGACGCUUCGUGGUCGAAGCCCUACCCAAUCCAAAGCUAUGCAAGGCGGACAACUCAGGUGCCGAAGAUGUUGAGAUAGGCAAGUGCCUGGAGAAUGUGAAAGUGGUGGCUGGCGAUUCGCGCGAUGCCAGUGGACGCGGACGAUUCUUCCCCUUUGUGCCAGAACACCAUUUGAUACCAUCGCAUACGGAUAAGAAGUUCUGGUAUUGGCAGUAUAUUUUCUACAAAACGGACGAGGGUCUCGAUUGCUGCUCAGAUAAUGCCAUAUCGUUUCACUAUGUAUCCCCAAAUCAAAUGUAUGUUCUGGACUAUUUGAUAUAUCAUCUGCGACCCUAUGGCAUAAUAAAUACACCCGAUGCCCUGCCAAACAAGCUGCAUGUUGGCGAACUUCUGCCAACGCCCAAGGAGCGGACGGAAACGGCGAGUGAGGCUGAAACCAAAGCGGCAAUUGCCAAUGCGCCACAGUCAUAAGCCAUAAAUAUUUGUAUAUAGCGUUUUGUGUAUAUGUAUAUAUAAUAUAAAUAUAUCUAAGUACAUGCCCCCAUCUA